GUUAGGGGGACGCAAAGUGUCGGGACACAAGUUGCUCGCUGAGUCCAAAGUUGGGCAGUCUUCUUGUAAACAUGAACCCCGUUUCUUGCGUGUUGGCGCUCGGGUUGUUUUGGUCUGCGCUGGGCACAGACUUCCACGAGGGAGAAAACGUUGUCAGGGACAAGGAGCGACAUGGUUUAGAGAAGUCGGAGCUCGCCAAGAGCAGCGCAGGACUGAAUGAACAGACAUGUACAGCUCUGCCUGGAGUAGAGGCAGCCCUACUAAACAACACACAUUCUUUUACCUUCGAAGUGGGAAGAAUGGGUUCGCUGUCACUGGCCUGGGUGGGAGAUGGAUCAGGGGUGCUGCUGGUCUUGACGACAUUUCAGGUGCCGUUGUUCAUGAUGCAUUUCGGCCAGUCUAACCUCUACAGGAGUGAAGACUAUGGGAAGUCAUUCAAGGAUGUGACUCACCUGAUCAACCACACCUUCAUCCAUACUGAGUUUGGCAUCGCCAGCAGCCCUGACCACUCUGGCAAGGUGAUGCUCACCGGUGACGUGUCAGAAAUCGGGGGGUUCCGGCUGUUUCGCUCGAAGGACUUUGGCAUGACUUUUGUUCCAACUGACCUGCCAUUUGAGCCCCACAUUCAGAUGUUGUACAACCCAGGAGACUGCAACACACUUGUGACACUAAGUAUCACGUUGGACCUGUGGCUGUCUGAGGACUUUGGUGCCACCUGGAGGAAGAUCCAUGACAGGGUUUGUUUGGUCAGAUGGGGUCCAAAAAACAGCAUCUACUUUACAACGAACUAUAAUGGAUCAUGCAAUGAUAGAGGAAUGUUGGCGUUGAGGAAGACGGCAGACUAUGGUCGAAGUUUCAAGACCAUCGCAACAAGAGUUUACUCCUUUGUACUGGGAGGGCGCUUUGUCUUUGCUUCCAUUAUGACCGGCACGGGUACAGAGCGUAUGAUCCAUGUGUCAGUGGACGGAGGUGAGGUGUGGAACAUGGCUCAGCUUCCUACAGUCAACCACGAGCAGUUCUACUCCUUCCUGACAGCCAAUCAGGACAUGAUAUUCAUGCAUGUGGAUGACCCUGGAGACUCUGGUGCUGGAACCAUCUAUGUGUCAGAUGACAGGGGUGCCGUGUUCUCCAAGUCUCUGGAGCGCCAUCUUUACACGACCACAGGAAGCGACACUGACUUCACUGUUAUUACUUCACUCAGAGGAGUCUACAUGACCAGCAUACUCUCAGAGGACGGUGUAGUGGAAACAGUGAUCACCUUUGACCAAGGAGCAAAAUGGCAGACACUGCGCAGACCACAGAACAGCCACUGUGACACUGAGACCUCAACUAACAGGCCUAACAGAUGCAGACUUCACAUCCAUGCUUCCUACAGCACCACCAUAAAGAUGAACGUCCCCAUGCUGCCUCUCUCACAGCCCAGUGCUGUGGGCCUCAUUCUGGCCCAUGGAAGCGUUGGAGACGCAGAGUCAGCUCUCUCCCCUGACGUGUACGUGUCUGAUGACGGUGGUUACUCAUGGCUGUUGGCUCUCAAGGGCCCCCAUCAUUAUACCAUACUGGACUCUGGAGGGCUACUGGUGGCUGUGGAGCACACCGACUUACCUGUCAACCAGAUCAAGUUUUCAACAGACGAGGGGCAGUGCUGGCAUACGUAUAACUUCACCAGCAACCCUCUUUACAUCAGCGGUAUGGACAGUGAGCCUGGCUCUCGCUCCAUGGACGUCAGCCUGUGGGGCCACAGGAACGACCACAGUAAAUGGGUGGUGAUCACCAUAGACUUCAGAAAGCUCUUCACCAGAGAAUGUACUGAAGGGGACUAUAUACAGUGGCUGGCUCACUCUGCAGACCCCAGUGGAUCUAAUGAUGGCUGUGUGCUGGGCUUUAGAGAGACCUUCUUACGCCUGAGGAAAGACACUGUCUGCUGGAACGGGAGGGACUAUGCUGUCACUAAGAAACUGUCCCCUUGUCCAUGUACAGGGGAUGAUUAUCAUUGUGACUUUGGAUAUUACCGUCCAGAGAACAGCUCAGAGUGUGUGGAACAGGAGGAGUUGAAGGGCCGUCCUCUGGAGUUCUGCUUAAAUUGGACUACUGAACAGCUCCAGUCUAGUGGCUACCGGAAGAUUCCAGGUGACAAGUGUGAGGGAGGUUUCCAGCCAGACAGGAAGGAGACAGACCUGAAGAGGAUGUGCACCAGCAACGCCCUUCGUCCUAAUUCUCUGACUGAAAACAGUUCACCAAACACUGCCGUCAUAGUGAUGGUUGUCAUAGUGAUCCUUCUGAUGAGUGGCGUUGCAGGCGUUUGGCUGGUUAAGAAAUAUGUCUGUGGAGGACGGUUCCUUGUGCACCGAUACUCUGUUAUGAGGGAACAUGUUGAGGCUAAUAAAAUAGAAGGGGUCGAUGAUAUUGACCCUCACUACAUGGAGACAGGAAAAGCACAGUACAAUGAAGACUCAGAUCAGGUAGACCUCUUAGAAUAAGGUGGACAUUUCUCCCCACUCAAAGGCUCUUCAAGACUAAAUUUAAUGCAGUCUUUCGUGGUGCCUGGGUGCUCCUGUUGCUCCCACAUGCUGAUUAACAUCUUCUUCUCACUUCUCCCUUUCCCCUGGUGGCUGGAGGACUCAGCAGCAACUCACAUUGCUUACUUGUGCCAGUUGAGUCUCCCACAAAAAGGCGAACCGGUGGUUUGGGGAGGGGGACAAACCCUGCGCAGAACAGAAGAAAGCCUCUGGGGUCCCCGGAGAGCUUUUGUUGUUUCUGUCACAAAGAGUUCCGUAAAGACCAUCGAGUCUGAAUAUGUGCUCUGUUGUGCUCUGUAUGUGUCCUUCCAUGCUGACCUGAGAAAAGAUGGUCUUUCAUAUCGUGAUGCACUGCAGAUGCACCACACGGAGGCUACGACUCGGACUCAUAGAAAAUUAGGGAAAGACUUAGGGUACAGCCAAGAAUACAGAAAAUAACAAUUCGUAUUUUAGCUCAGAAGUUAUGUCUGCUGUCAAUUAAGUAGUUUAUUUACUCAAUAAAUGUAAAACUUGCAAGAAACAUUCCUGUUGUGUAUGGCGGCCAUUUUAACAUUCAUCUUGUGAGUUUCACCAGUCAUUAAAAUUAGGAACCAUGAGUUAUUUUAGAAAUGAGCAGUUUUUAAUUUUAAUAGCAACUACUGAGAGCACUAGUGCGUCCUUUAAUGCUGCUGGUCUCCAUUUUGACUAGUAGUGUUUGUGUUUUUACCGUACACUGUUUUUUACAGGUAAAAAAUGAGCACAAUUUUGAUAGUAUUCCAUCAGGUGGUGCACUUUUCACAUAACCCUUCAGUACACUAUAAUGUUUGUUUUAAUGUAACUGGAAGUUCUUUCUUAUUUUACGCCACCAUUUCACUUUUUAAAGUAGUUAAUAUAAAAUCAUUACAAAUAUAUUAAUAGUCCAAUAUUAUUCAAAUAUGUCAACAUUUUUGUUUUUAUCAUUUUAAUUAUUAUUAAAAAGUAUUGUUAAGUUUAAAUAGAUAGAGGAGUUGGACUCAAAUGUAGCAGUAACAGAACAUAAAGAUAAGUACAAAUACUGUUUAAGACAGUUGCUAUUGAAUAUGCAAAGAUUAUUAUUAAAAGUGAUUACUAGUGCUUAUUUUAGACCAACUAUUAUUAGCUACCAGAUAAAGUAUGUUGAGAAGAAAGACACAAGAAUGAAAUAAAUACUAGUCUUUAAAUUUUAGUGCCUAGUGAAAUAAAUGUUAAAAGGGCCUGCCAUUGUUCUGAAGAUAUAGAGUGCAGCUUCAUACAACCAAUCUUUUCUGCUCCCCUGUAUGUGGUGAAAAUGAAAGACUUGAAUUAUUGCCAAAGCACUUUUGUUUUUUAGUUUUCUCAUUUAAGAGGUGAGUUUGUAGAGGUGAAACCUAACCUUAGCCCAGCAUUAUAUGAGUAUGAAGGUAAUGCUAACCCGAACCCUUUACUUGAACUUUCUGAUAUUUCUGUGUAACCAGAUGCAUCAAUAUGUUACUGUUGUUGUGGUUGUUUUUAUUAUUUGGCUGAUAUUUUCCCCUUAUCAGCCAAUACCAAUAUGCAUUUGUCUAAUGAUCUUAAUGCAUGUGCAGGCAUAAUCAUCAAGAUAAUCAAAUGUUUUUCAAUGAUCAUCUUGUGUCUGUUUCUAAUAUGACAGUAGACAAAUAGUCACAAAAUGCUGUUAUAAUAUAAUAUGAAUUUAAAGCUACUAUUAGCCAGUAUUGAUUGAUUGUCUUUAGAUAUAUUUGUGCAUCCCAAUUUAAUAAUCUCAAAUAUGUUGCAAAAUAUCCACAAUAACAGAACUAAUUUAUCAGAUUAAGGUGUCUGGUGGCCAUAAAGAGCAUAAACUUUAUUAAAUGAAUUGAGUUACAUCUUUUCCCCACACUUCUCUGUGUUAUAUGAAUUGUUUAGAUGAGAUGUUGGCUGGCUACCAUUCCUAUCGUCUGCGAUGUAAGAGCUGUAGCUUUUGACACAUGCAGGCCAAUGCUUGUUUUCUCCAGCAGAGUCAAUAAUAUCCCAGCGAAUAAGCUACUGUAAUAAGCUGGCCUAAUAUAGAGGCAUAUUCUCAAGGACUGUUGGGUGGACUGUCAGAUAUGAAAGCAACUUCAUAUGCUCGAUGCUUCUUUAUUUACGCAACUGUCAGUAAGAACAAACCCAGAUAUUUACUGGAUUCAAUGAUUUAUUUUUGCACUGUAUCUACAGAUCUGUGAAAAAGUUGCAUUUGUGCCUCCUUGUACAUUUAUUGUUUGAGGGCCAUGAUUUGUGAUCUUCAUUCCUUCUUGUUUUUCUUUACUGUUUGCCAGAAUAUCAGAGAUGAGAAUCUCUGAAGUAAACUAUUCUGUAGCACAGAAUUGUUUCAUAACAAUGUUUGCAUUUAUUGAAUGAAAUAACACUUUCUCUUUUACAUCA